AUGCAAAUUGAUCCGGUUUGUCACUUAUGUGGUACUUAUGUGGAAUCGCUUCCCCAUGCGAUAUGGAGUUGUGCCAAGGCUAAAGAGGUUUGGAAGCUUUUACCUUAUUACUCUCGUAUUUGUAAGUACAAAGGUGGAUCUAUGUUUGACUUCCUUGUGGAGAUAAAACACCACUUGUCUAUAGAUGAGUUUGAAGAGGUAAUUAAAAUUUGUUGGGCCAUUUGGGAGAAUAGAAACAGGUUGUGGAACCACUUACCUACUAUGAAGGGUGAGAGACUAAUUGAUUGGGUGCUUAAUAGCUACCCCAAGCCUACAACUAUCACUGAUGAUCACUGCAGCAACAUCUCACACCAGAAGGGCAGUUUACACGGCUGGCAGGCCCCCCCCGAAGGUGUUUACUGUGUUUAUUGCGAUGCAGCGUUGAUUCCAGGGAGAGUGGGCGUUGGUUUGGGGUUCAUUUGGACAGAUUGGAAGGCCAAAAUUCAGGCAGCAGGUAUGUGCUUUCUCCCUCAUUGCAGUUCGGUAACCUGUGCAGAAGCUGAAGCAAUAUUGGCUGCCUUGACGAGCUGCCCGAUUGACACCAACAACCAGUUUGAGGUGCGCACGGAUUGUAAGCAGUUAGUGGAUGAGUUCAAUGGUGGGAGCGAUUCCCUCACAAUGGACAGAUCGGCUAUUACUAAGAUCAAGCGCCACCAAAGGUUUCCCCGUUGUACAAAGCUCAAAUUUGUGUAUAGGAAAGAUAAUGAAAUUGCACAUAUGUUAGCUAAGAGAAGCCUUGAGUACCAUUUGACUCAAUCCUUUCUCAAUUCUUUUCCUGAGUGGUUAGCUAAGUUUUGUGAAGCUAGCCUCUUUUAUUCUUUGUAG